AUGGUCUCUAGAUCUAGUGAGGGGAAUGAGGGGCCCCCUCCAUCCUCGAGGACUCCUGGAACUCCAGCCAAAUCGCGAGUCGCCAAAUUCGGAUCCAGCCCCUCGAAACGAGAGGAAAAAACUGGCGAGGGCAGAGUGGUGAAGUCAUCUGCGAAAGAUGUCGCCGAGCUUAAAGAUUAUCAAUUGGGUGACUGCUUGGGUAGAGGCGCAUUCGGUUCAGUCUAUAGGGCGUUAAACUGGAACACAGGGGAGACUGUUGCUGUGAAGCAGAUCAAGUUGGCCGAUCUCCCGAAGAGCGAAUUACGAGUCAUAAUGUUGGAAAUCGACCUUUUGAAGAACCUAGAUCAUCCUAACAUCGUCAAGUACCAUGGUUUCGUCAAGUCUGCUGAAACUUUAAACAUUAUCCUGGAGUAUUGUGAGAAUGGCUCCUUGCACUCCAUCUCCAAGAACUUCGGUCGCUUUCCCGAAAAUUUGGUCGGGCUAUACAUGUCACAAGUUCUCCACGGGCUUUUAUAUCUGCACGAGCAGGGUGUCAUUCAUAGAGAUAUAAAAGGCGCAAACAUUCUCACGACAAAGGAGGGACUCGUCAAACUUGCAGACUUCGGUGUCGCCAGCCGUACUACUGGACUGAGCGAAUCGAGCGUCGUCGGUACGCCGUACUGGAUGGCUCCCGAGGUGAUUGAACUUUCAGGCGCAACUACAGCCUCAGAUAUCUGGAGUCUCGGCUGUACGGUCAUUGAAUUGCUUGAAGGAAAACCUCCCUACUACAAUCUUCAGCCUAUGCCGGCGCUGUUCCGUAUUGUCAAUGAUGACCAUCCUCCUCUUCCACAAGGCGCCUCUCCGGCUGUCAAGGACUUCCUGAUGCAAUGCUUCCAGAAAGAUCCUAAUCUUCGUGUCUCUGCAAGAAAGCUCCUGAAACACCCUUGGAUUGUGAAUGCUCGUAGAUCGGACUCAGUGGUGCCUAAGAAGUCUACAGAGUAUGAAGAAGCGGUCAGAAGCGUCCAAGAAUGGAAUGAGGCUCUGCGAUCUCCUGGUGCGGGAACUUUGCGGAAGCCCUUCAGACACGAUCAUCAGAGUCCAAGUCCCCUUCGUCGGAAUCAGCCACCAUCUCGAAACACCCCCACCAAAGACGCUCUCCCAGCUCCCGUUGCCAGCAGUGCCAAAGACCAAUCCCUGCUGGCGAACUCAACUGCCGAAGACAAUUGGGACGAUGACUUUGCUACUGCCAUUUCACCUAGUGCGCUGCAGCUGCCACACCUUCGACCGCAUGAUAAUUUCGGAGGAAUGCUUUCGUCUGAAAAGCUCAAGGCAUUUGCCUCACUCGAUGGAACAGUGAUCAGAUCCGAGGAUAGUUUUGAAGACUUCAACGACUCGUUUCGGACAACUCUGCACUGCGGAGAGUCGGAUCCUCUGCAGACUAUCCGACCUUUCCCAUUCAAGCAAACCGCCGCGAACGAUGGGUUAGCCCAAAAUUCGCCGCUCCAGCAGGCGCCAAAAAGAUCUACUCAUUUCGCACAUAACGUCCCAAUUCUGACGCAAAAUCCUGUUCCACCUUCGAGACAGGCUCGUCCAGCCUCAUUUUACAAAGAGAAUUCAGUGGAGGAUUAUUCUGAUCUCAUAAUAACUGACGAAGACGUUCUGGGCCGAAAACUUAACAUUGUGAAAGUAAGCAUGAAGGCCAAUAUUCAUCCGAAUGUUAACGACAGUUUGUCUGACCUGUUUCAGGAGACGGAUGAAGAUGUAUAUCCCGCGAGUUUAGCAGACCUUUCGCCAUCAAAGGAGAUAGUCCGAUAUCACGCACCCUCUCAGGAUGACGAGCAAGAAAACCAGCUGCGGAGACAGCUUUCAACCAAGCGUCAUAGAUCAGCGGUAGAAAUUCACAGAUUUGCCGAGAACGAGACAGACGAAGACUUCUCUGAUAUCUUGGGUGCUGAGGAGGUCGCCCUAGACAAGCCAGACAGCGAUGGUAGCUCAGAUAGAAGCACCUUGAUGAUGCUCAAUUCACGACACUCAACCAAUUCUUGGCUCGGAGACCAAGACGACGAAGAUGAUCCAUUCGCCCAGUUAGAGGAAGGGCUCGAUGAAAUGGACUUGGAAGCCAACAUUGCGCGCGAUAAGUAUGCUCGGCUCCGUGGUCAAGUUGAAGGGCUAGUGAGCUCGCUGAAGACUUCCCAAGAUGAAGAUGUACUUGAGGAAAUCUCAGAGCAGCUAUUGACGAUAUUCUGUGAUCUUCCGGAAACGAAAAAUAUCAUUAUGAGCGCCCACGGCAUGCUACCCAUACUUGAGAUUCUUGAUACGUGCCGCCGACGCGACGUCGUCUCGUGUCUCCUGAAGAUUGUGAAUGCAAUCAUCUAUGAGGAUUACGAGAUUCAAGAGAAUUUGUGUUUUGUUGGUGGAAUUCCAAUUAUUAAUGAAUUCGCUUCGAAGAAGUACCCGCGCGAGAUUCGACUGGAGGCAGCUGCCUUUGUACAGCAGAUGUAUCAAACUUCGACCCUGACUCUUCAGAUGUUUGUCAGUGCAGGAGGGUUGAAUGUUCUUGUUGAAUUUUUGGAAGACGAUUAUGAGGAUGAACGAGAUCUUGUCCUCAUAGGCGUCAAUGGAAUCUGGAGCGUCUUUGAGCUGCAAGGAUCCACGCCAAAGAAUGAUUUCUGCCGAAUUCUGUCUCGCAGUUCGGUCCUAGACCCUCUCUCUCUCGUAUUGAGCCGAGUAUUGGACGAAGGUGGAGAACUGGCCGAAAUAGUCGAGGGGCGCAUUGCCAGCAUCUUCUUCGUUUUCUCUCAGGCUGAAAAUCAUGUCAAGGAGAUGGUUGCCGAACGAACUGUUUUGCACAGGGUGCUGAAGGAAUUGAGGCGUAUGACUCCUGCUCAUCAAAUAACGAUGUUGAAGUUUAUUAAGAACUUAUCCAUGCUGUCGACUACGCUUGACUCUCUGCAGAACUCCAACGCCAUUGACGUGCUGACUGACCUUUUGAGGUCAACCAUCAAACGGCCACACUUCCGAGAAGUCUCCAACCAGAUCUUGAACACUAUCUACAAUAUGUGUCGUCUAAAUAAGUCCCGACAAGAGGACGCUGCAUUGAACGGUAUCGUGCCGCUGCUCCAAAAGAUUGUUAAGACUGAACGACCUUUAAAGGAAUUCGCUUUGCCAAUCCUUUGCGACAUGGCACAUUCCGGGAAAGUCGGACGUCGUGAGCUAUGGCGCAAUAGAGGAUUGCCUUUCUAUAUAUCCCUGCUUUCCGACCCUUAUUGGCAGGUGACUGCCUUGGAUGCCAUCUUUACCUGGCUACAGGAAGAGACGGCGAAGGUUGAGGAGCACUUGCUCAGUUACCACCCUGAUCAGCCAUCAUUCACAGAGUCCAUUAUCAGAUGCCUAACAGUCUCGAAGGCUAAUGCUUUUGAGAAUCUCCUUGAACCGCUUCAGAAGCUCCUUAGGCUGAGCCCUCCCAUCGCGUUGACAUUCGCUCGGGAAGAUAUGUUUGUCCGGAUCAGGCAAAAACUGCAUCAUAACAAAGCUGCCGUUCGCUUGAACCUUUUGCGAAUCAUAUCCAGUAUUUGUGAGGCCAGCGAAGACCAAGGUGGUCUUCUGGCAGAGUAUGGCCUCCUUGAAGCAAUCAGAGAACUGGAGCAUGAUCCGGCCAUCCUUGUUCGGGACAUGGCUGGAAAACUCAUUCAGUCUAAUGAGAGAAGCGAAUCCUAUGGAUUAGGGAAGCGCAGACCAGGUGUGAGGAGAGGAAGUACUGCUACCACACCACCUGGUCUUUUGUCAAACCAAUCUGCUCCGAGUACUCCUUCGAUGAAUCGUUCGAAUCAGUCAAAAAGCUACUUCGAUGGGCGAGAGGUCCAAAGACACCCGCGCAAUGCUCUCAGUGGGUCAGCGCUUUCGCUGCGGCCUGCUAGUAGAGAUGGUGCGAGUCCCGCUCUUGCCCGGUCGCAGAGGAGGAUCUUAAAGUAUGCAAUCAUCGCUGGUGUCGUCGGCGCUGCAGCGGUGACCUUAUCAGAUGAUGCACAACAUCUAUAUCGCGCGGCGCAGCGCACAGGCCGGGUUGUGGGAACUUUGGCUGUCUGUAUCAACGACUACCGAGUCACCCUCAAGCAAGAGACUUCGACACCAGAAGAACGACAAGAGUCUAUCCGAGCAUGUCACAAGCGUUGCGCAGAACGAACCCUGCGUGUUCUCGAGAAGAAUGGGUCUAUCUUUAUAAAGUUGGGCCAGCAUCUCAGUAGCAUGGGCUAUCUCCUUCCGUUGGAAUGGACGACGACUUUCAUCCCCCUUCAAGACAAGUGCCCCGUCUCGUCGGUCGAAUCCGUCGAGGAAAUGUUCGUCGCCGACACGGGCCAUCGCAUCGAUGAACUGUUCUCGAGUUUCGAGCCAUUGCCCAUUGGCGCCGCAUCUCUUGCCCAGGUCCACAUUGGUACGCUGAAGGAGACUGGUCAGAAGGUUGCUGUUAAAGUGCAGCAUCCUGCGUUGGCCGAAUGGGUGCCCCUGGACUUGGCAUUGACACGGUUUACUUUCUCGAUGCUGAAACGAUUCUUCCCAGAAUAUGAUCUAGAGUGGCUCUCGAAGGAAAUGGAUUCCUCGCUACCUCAAGAAUUGGAUUUCCGCAUGGAGGCAGAAAAUGCCAGGAGGGCUAGUGAGUACUUCAAAAAGCACUCGGAUGCUCCGUUAGUCAUUCCGAAAGUCAUGUGGGCUCAGAAGCGAAUCCUGGUUAUGGAGUUCCUCUCAGGCCAUCGUCCGGAUGAUCUCGAAUAUUUGGACACCAACCAUAUUGACCGCGACGAAGUCUCCGCCGCAUUCGCGCAUAUCUUCAACGAGAUGAUCUUCGGAGACAAUGCCCCGUUACACUGCGACCCCCAUGGCGGCAAUAUUGCGAUUCGCAAGAACCCCAACCGACGCCGCCACAACUUCGAUAUCAUACUCUACGACCACGGCCUGUACCGCGACAUUCCACGCGACCUACGUCGUAAUUAUGCUAAGCUCUGGCUGGCGGUCAUUGAGGCGGAUGAAGGCCGCAUGCGCGAGUAUGCGCGCAAGGUCGCAGGUAUUACGGACGAGCAGUUCCCCCUGUUCGCGAGCGCAAUCACCGGAAGAGAUUACACCGUGCUAGCCAAGAAGGAUGUCGUUUCUUCACGCACGGCUGCCGAAAAGGAGAACAUCUCCGGUGCACUCGGGGAGGGCAUGCUUCAACAGCUUGUUGAGUUGCUGGGCCAGGUACCCAGGAUCAUCCUCUUGAUUCUAAAGACGAACGAUUUGACCCGCAGUCUGGACGAGAAUCUACAUACCCGACAGGGUCCCCUACGCACAUUCCUCAUCCUGGCCCGCUACGCCACUCGCACCGUCUUCGAAGAGAAGAUGGAGAACAUCAACGAGACCGGCGGCAUCCUCCGCCCGCUCAACUUCUUGCGGUUCCUCUGGGCCUGGACGGGCUAUCUCCGGGUUGAACUGAAACUAUCCGUCUACGAGACUCUGCUGUCUCUGAAAAGUCGGCUCGGGUUGACCGGAUAG